AAACGCGACCUGAAAGGUCCAAAGUUGCUGCUUAACUGAAUACACAAACGGUAAGGUCGGCAAAGGCGUUACAAUGGCAACACAAUUCCGAAUUCGAGCAGACGGCCGUAUCAAACUUGUAAUAGUUGUGAUGUGCUGUAUUACAGCUUGGUAUUUGGGCCAAGUGUUAUCAGGUCACAUCUUCGAUGGCUUUCUACGUAAACACCUUAAGACAGUUCAGAAGAUUGUGCAGAAACCUACUUUUAAAGUACCUGCUCCAAAACACCAAAAAUGUGGUCAUUGGAAUCCAUGUCCUACGGGAACAUUUGCUUUCACAGUGCUGAGUGGUGCUGAGAAAACCAAUCCUCCCAAAAUUUGUUUUGAAGAUGAAAUCCUUCUGGGUGGUGUGAAGAAUAACUUUGGCAGGGGCAUGAAUAUUGCCAUCGUGGAAGCCAAGACAGGAAAAUUCGUGAAUGCCGGAUGUUUUGAUCUAUGGGGUGGAGAUAAUUCAGGACAAAUGAUUGAAUUUAUUAAAAAAGCACCAGAUGGAUCCCUCAUCUUGAUGGCAACAUUUGAUGAUAGUUCUGCCAGGCUGAACAAAGAAGCUAAGACAUAUAUUGAGGGGUUGGGUAGCAAGCUGAUAUGGAAUCUGCAUUUCCGAGGAAACUGGGUCUUUCUUGGCUCGAAAGGAUUCACGCUACCAGAGAACUUUCAGAGGGAGAAGAUUAUCAACCUGGAGGGUACAAAUAAUCAAUAUGGGAGCUGGCCAGCAGAGAUCCAGAUUGAUGGCUGUUUCUCACCAAAGACUGACUACCUGUAACAAGCACUUGCGGCUUUCGGUGUCUUUCACAACUCAACUUCCCUGUUCUCAGGAAAGAUUACCAAAGCUGAGGCAGUGGACUCGAAAUGGUAACUGUUUUUCUCUCUCCACAGAUGCUGCUGGUCCUGCUUAGUUUCUCCAACACUGUUAUUUCAGAUCUCCAGC